UAUUUGUCCGGUAACCCUCUUGGAGUUUAAAACCCGCCCGAACUCCAGAAGAAGAGAACCAUUCCACAAUGCUUGCCCAACGCACUCUCGCGCUGCUCCUUCACAUCGUCCCGUUCCUCGCCGUCCCUUCCCCGGUCCCCGCUCUCCAAUCCGACGGCACCGACUUCAUCCGCGCCAGCUGCGGCGAAACCCUCUACCCCGACGUCUGUUACAGCUCCCUCUCCACCUACGCCGGCUCCGUGCAGCAGAGCCCCCGCCAGCUCGCCCGUGCUGCCAUAGCCGUCAGCCUCGCGAGCGCCCACACGAUGGCGGCCUACCUCGCCGACCUCUCUCGCCGCCGUGCCGCCGAGCCGCGGGCCGCUUCCGCCGCGCUCCACGACUGCCUCACCAACAUGGGGGACGCGGUCGGCGAGAUGCGCGGCUCGCUGAAGCAGAUGCGGAGGCUUGGGGACGUCGGCGACGGCGGCAGCGGCGGCGCGAGCCAGGAGGGGUUCAGGCUCCAGAUGAGCAACGUGCAGACGUGGAUGAGCGCCGCCCUGACGGACGAGGACACGUGCACGGACGGGUUCGAGGACGUGCCGGAAGGGGAGUUAAAGUCGGUCGUCUGCGGUCGGGCGGGGGAGGUGAAGAAAGUGACGAGCAACGCAUUGGCGUUGGUGAACAGCUAUGUGAACAAGGAGGCACCAUGAAUGAGAUAUUCAAGCAGUCCUUUCUUUUCCCCAUAAUUUUACAUUUCCUCCCCUUUUGUUCACUGCCUGGAUAUGCAUUUUAUUUUAGGUUUCUUGUGUGAUUACUAAUGCACAUAGAGUUCGCCAAAUGAAAGAGUUAUAUUCUUGUA